AGGACAUUAACAUUUCACAUCAGCGUCUGUACCUAAGUUCGGUGGCUAUAAGUAGGCGACGGGAACUUUAACAUGCUAUAAUGGAACAUCGUGCAUCAGCUGCCACUGCCUGCCAGCGCUGGAUAUUCGUGUUCCGUAGUGAGCUUUCCCACUUACUCCCUACGCCCCACCUCGUUUACGAAGUGCUUCUGUCGUCGGAGGCGUAGGAUCCACUUGUUACAAGGUUAUAUAGUUAGACUGGUUGGACUCUUUCGUAACAUGGCUUAUCGCAUGGAACAGAUCAAAUCGCUGUACUUCAGCUUUCAAAAUGCGGUCUCUAUCGGUCUCAUACUUCUGAUUGAGGGCCCACGAACUGAGAAAGCAAAGCUCGACGUUUGUGACCGGAAGGUCAUUCAGUCCAUCGAGGCGUAUAUCAGGGGAGUUCCUUCGUCGAAAGGUAUCUCCGAAGACCUGGAGAUCCUUUCGCUGAUAGUGAAACAUAUUAAGACCAAGGAAUCGGCUCUCGACCUCACCGAGGAGCAAGCAGCAAGAGCUCUUCAAUUCACGCAGAAGCUCCUAGACGACGACGCCUUAUGGGCUCGAUUUUCCAGAGCCAAGCAUCUUGAUACAAAGAGAACAAGGCUCUGUUCCUUGGGCCUUUACCUGUCACGCAGAUGCAGGGAUCCGCCCAGUUCUCUCUUUUCAGUCACCACAGUCAGAGGGCACCUUCCUCAACGCGCUGGCGUAGGAUCCGAUGUGUUCGUAGGUACGAUACGUGGUCAAAAAGUCGCUGUCAAACGUUUGCGCUAUUUCCUCAAUCUGCCCGAUGUGAGAAGACCAAAAGCCCAACGUGCUUUCUUCCGUGAAGCUUUAGUCUGGACACAAUUGCGACAUCCGAAUGUUCUGCGUCUUCAAAGUCUCGACGUAACUACAUAUCCAAAUAUGCCUUCCAUGAUAUUUCCGUGGCUCGAGAAAGGUAACAUUGUUGAGACUCGGAACCGAAUGGGCAGUAUGCCCGAUACGGCACAAUUGGACGAAUGGCUACUACAGGUCGCAAGUGGAAUGUCAUAUUUACAUGACAAGAAAAUCGUACAUGGGGACCUGCGUGGUGCCAAUAUCCUAAUAUCUGACGACAUGAGGGCUCAAGUCACUGACUUCGGAUUGAUCACGUUCGCGAGGGAUCACUGUCGGGACUUCUACUCUUGGAGUGAUGCCUAUGAGCGUUGGAAUUCUCCGGAGCUCAUUGACCCGCCAUCAAGCAGCGUUUCGAAGACUGGACGAACAGUUGCCAGCGAUGUUUUUGCGUUCGCCUUUGUUUGCACAGAGGUGUACUCAGGACAGCAACCCUUUGGCGAGUGCAACCUGCUUCAAGUCCACAGGAAGGUACUAAGCGGUGAGAGACCGGAAAUGCCUACUUCGCCUGUGAUGUCCAGCAACUUGUGCUCUAUGGUCGAGAUGUGUUGGAGCCAAGCUGCGGGUGAUAGACCGACCAUGACUGAUGUAGUUGCGAGGAUGAAGAAGUUUGCGGCAGCGUGAUCUAGAUACUCGACUGUCUUCCAUGUACUUCUUAGCACUACAAUAUAUACGCCGUUAUUUACAACUAAUUGUCAUUCAAUUUCAAUACUUGUU